AGAUCAAAGGGAAAUCAUGUCUUGGUCAAAGAUUAACUUUCCUCUUGAUGGACAAGCUAAUUUCUUACAAUUACAAUUGUGUUUAAAUUAAUUGCUCUUUUAUAUUUUCGCUAUUUGAUAUUUUAAUUGUUCUCGAUGUUUAAUUAAUUGAUUGUUCAGACUUGGAAAGGAAAAGGGAAGGAAGACAAAAAUUGGAAUCAAUUUAUUUAGAGGUUGUUUAAUGUUCACAUAUAUGAUGUUCACAUGGAUUUUUAACUCUAAUCAACUAAUUGUGGAUGUAAAUUGUGUUUAAUUAACUCUUAUAACCAAAUUCAAGUGUUUUAAUGGUCCAAAGUGAUUUAGUUUUUAAAAGCCUUCGAUUUUUUCAAUCUUGUUGACCGAUAGACUGAAGAUUAUUGGUAAUUACCAAUUGGCUUCAACGCGUUUUAAAUCAACAAUUUGACAGCAAAUUUAUUUCAAAGUGAAGAGUUUUAAUCUCAUCAAAGUGUAACUUGAAAUGUCUCGAAUAGGACCUGAGACAUGGGAAGAUGUUUUCAAUUCCGAUGGUGAACCGAAUCUGAUCAGUGAUGAUCUUUUGAUGGAAAUGCUGAAAACCGAACAAAGUAGAUCACAUUCUACCAAUUAUCGAAGUUCAUUUUCCUUAUGGGAGAUGAGAACUUAUCGUAAAUUGAUUGAAUUCAUUUACAGAUUAAUCAAAGUUCUUAAAAUCGAUAAUGCUUAUGUACGAUACAAUACCUGUGAUUUAUAUGAACAAUUUUUGGAAAAACACAUCGAAUCAACUAAAAGUGAUCGAUCAGAAAGUUCUGCUGUCGAUGAUUCAAAUGUUCGAUGUGAAUUUAGAGAUCGAGCUUUACUUCCUCUUCUCACCUGUAUCAUGUUAUCAACGAAAAUAAGUUCAAUACAUUCGAUAAAAAAUAUCGACUUUUAUUCGUUGACGAUUAAUAAAAAAUACGGUUACGAAUAUUCAAAAGAAACUCUAAUCAAAUCAGAGUUGAACGUGAUGAAAACUGUUGGCUAUAAGAUUGACCAGUGUCCACUUUACUCUAUUUGUCCAUUGUUGAUAUUGACUCUUGUCUACAAUGAACCUUCAAUCAAUGGUAAAUCACUUUACGAGAUGUUGGACAAAACAUUGGACUAUUAUUAUUUAGCUAAGGCCGAAAUUUUCACCAAAUUGUUUGACCAUCUCAAAGAAUCAAGGAAAAUCAAUGACCAAGAUUUUAAAUUGUUUGUUGGCGAUUCAAUGCUAAUCAGCUGUGCAAUUAUCGUUGUUACAGCGAUUCUAGUCGAUGAACAAUCAGGCCCUCAGGUUCUUAAAGAAUUGGUUUAUAUCACUUGUUGUGGUCAAAAAGAUAUCGAAAUAAUCAAAAAUGCUAUUCUAGAAGGAAUUUCCGUCUAAUCCAAUUGGUCAAGAUCAACAAAAUUACCGAAAAACUAUUUAAUCAUUUACAAUUUAUUUUUAAUUUCUUAUUAUUUUAAUAAUUUCUUUUUUCUUAAAAUCGAUGGACAUUGAUCAUGUAAUCACUUAUAUCACCCAUUAUAUUACAAUAACACUAUAAAUAUUAUGUUUUAAAAUAAUCUUUUGAACUAAUAAAUGAUAAUUGAUUUGCUUUUGAAAAGUU